GGAUGGGCCGACUGCAGCAGGAAGAGCUUCCUGCAUGCUCCAAGUUCCCUUCCAAGCAACAUCACCGGUUUGGACCUCUCCUUCAACUCCUUGGUCAUACCCCAUCAUGGGACUCUCUUGAUGCAUUUCCCUUCCCUGCGCUCCCUCAACCUCUCUAGCAAUGCCCUGCUGGCGUUGGGCCCAGCAGUCUUCUCCAGCCUUGGGGCACUGCGUCUUCUGGACCUGAGCAGCUGCAGCAUCACCUACCUCCAUGCAGAUGCUUUCAAGGGCUUGGGAAACUUGCACACACUACUCCUAAGAAAUAACAGUCUGCAAGAGCUUGAGGUCCCUUUCUUCCUGCCGCUGAAGGCUCUUUUCCACCUGGACCUGCAGCACAAUGCGCUGGUCUCUGUGGACGCUUUGAGCCUGCAGCUGAUGGAGGCAGUCCCGCAGGUCCGGCUGGAAGGGAACCCCUGGGUCUGCGACUGCACCGUGUACCCUCUGCAGCAGUGGCUGCAGCACAGGCAAGCUGUGCAGGUAACCUGCGCAUCUCCCCCCGGGCUGCGGGGCCGGGAGGUCGCAGCUCUAGAUUCCCAGGACCUGGGCUGCCAGAUGAAGCAGCGGUUUCCUCGGGAGGUCAGCACGGCGCAGCAGAUCACAACGACCCACAGCAACACCACCACACUGCCCACCGGGAAGGGAGGAAGGAGCUGGCCAUACCUGGUGGGCUUCCUGCUGGCAGCAAUUGGCAUCUCCAUCCUGAUUGCGCUGGCUGCCAAGUGCAAGCUCUUCCACAAGAACUUCGCCAGCUACCGCCACCGGCCGCUGCCUGAAACCAGCUCAAUCGGAGGCAGCCCCAUGGAGGACGGCAGCGGCUGGGACAGGGGCUCCUCAGGCCAGGAGGCCAGCAAGAGCAACGCCAUGCCCGGUGUUGCUGACCUGCAACCUGAGGAUGAUGAUGGCUUCAUCGAGGACAACUACAUCCAGCCAAGCGAGCAGCUCAGAGAGGAAGAUGAAGAGGAAGAGAAGGUUAUGCAGGAGCAGCUUUGCUAG